AUGACUAUUACACCAAGCCAGCGCCUGCAGCUAGACCUAGACAGGUAUGAGAAGCUCGAUUCUCUCCAGGCGGGCCACCUACGCCACAUCUACAAUACAUCAUCUCAGCCGGAUGGACAAUGGAAUCACAUGGGUGGAGUAGAGUCUCUGCAGGAAUCCUUUGACUCGUACCGGUAUCAGUUGGCCACGAUGGCUUACGCCACUGCUGUGACCCAUUAUCACAGGAUUCCUGCCGCAAGGAGCAUGUUCAAGCCGCUCUUUCGACAGCUCAUCCAUAAAAUGCUCCUCCCUGACGUCUGGGCUUACUGGUAUACCUCAAGCCAGUCCGGGCCUCUGUUAGACGCUAGCCUUACUGCGCUCAGAGAACCAUGUCCGGAUCCCGUCUGUAAGGAGAACAUCAUGUAUAGCGGUCACUUGCUCCUCAUGACCAGCUUGUAUGCGAUGCUCUUUGACGACGAUGAGUUUGAAAAGCCGGGUUCAAUCACGUUCACAUGGGCACCCAUGUUCUGGGGUUUUGGCGCACAGUCUUUCAAGUACGACAACGGAUCCUUACAGAACGUCAUCUUUUCACAGAUGGAACAGAACAACUGGGUCGGGGUCUGCUGCGAGCCUAACGCAGUGUUCAUCGUUUGCAAUCAAUAUCCUAUCAUUGCGAUGCGAUAUAACGAUGUGCGGCAUGGAACUAACAAGGUUGAAUCGGUUCUGGAAAACUACAAGGCGGCCUGGGACAAAAAGGGGAUGGUUACCCCAGAGGGGCUUUACAUCAGCUGGCUCCUUUUGAAACAAGACCAUAUUGUGCCACCGUUGGGUAUUGGUUUUACGGCUUGGGCAAACGCGUUUAUGAACUCGUGGAACUCUGAGCUUGUUGCGUCCUUGUAUGAGAAACAGGUCUUGGGCUACGCUACCGUCAUCGGCGACGAGGUACGAUUGCAAUCAUCCGACGUGGCACAAGAGUUCCGUCGCCUCGUCAGAGAAGAGGGGGCCAACCCUCAUGAUCCGUCAACCCUCACCAAAUCUCGUUCUUCCCCUCACCCAGCGCCAUCCGAUCCAGGCACGGGAUCUCCGCUCCCAUAUGUCCUAUUGUGGCUUUCGGAGCUGGGGAGGAAGACUGAGCUCGACGGACUGCUGCGAUAUCUUGACAGGCAUCAAAAGCCCACAUGGGAGAAUGGCGGGCUCUUUUACUCGAGAAAUGACACGGAGACUAACGAGGAUGGGAGUCUGGCUCAAGUAGAUUGCUUGCGAGGAAUGUGGGAUAAUGAGGCCAUGGUGUUGAUUCUCACUGUGAGGACUUGGGAGAACAGGCGCGUACAAAUCCAUCCAACCGCACAGAACCUGGACGCAGGAUUGUGGGCUGUGUAUGUAGAUGGGGAGCUCUUGAAGUAUGAUAAUGUUGAGGCUGGCGGUUUGAUGGUAGCUGAUGUGGAGGUUGGGACUGAUGAGGUGGAUAUUCUUUUUAAGAAGGUUUAG